UAUCACUUAUACAAGUAUAAAUAAUAUAUACACAAUACGCACGAGUUCCGAUCUUAACCUCCCGAUGGUAUUGUUGGCUCACUUGUUGCGAUCAAUCGGUAAAACCAAAUUUAUUUAUUUAUAUGAAUAAGUGUCUUACACAUAUAUCGAAAAUAAUCGAUGUGUAUAUUGUGUAUUUAAAAUCCUACAAGUUAUGGCGAAUCCUGUUUUACGAAGUUUUAUCAAAAAUAUAUCUUCGCGCUUAAAAAUUCGUGUCGAACAAGUUCGACAUGGACAUCAUCUUCGUGGAAAACCACCAACUAUCGCUAUCACUUUGCAGCAACGGCUCCAAUUGCUGAAAGGACCAAGUCCAACUAAAGUAAACAUAGGUUUUCUUGUUUCAAAACCCUCAUUGGGAAAAAAACAGGCUUGGAUGGCUGAACGAAAAAACAAACGAGCCAACAUGGACUUUGAGAAAGAAAUAAGGAACGGACAGUUGGCACUAAAUUUAGAAGAAGCAAAAAAUAUUUGGCUAGAAACAACCAGUCCAUAUGAUAUUAAAAAAAUCGCAGAUCAUUAUAACAUUUUCCAAGAUUUAUUCGGAAAUGCUUUUUUCUUUCCUGUUGUACACCUUGACAUCAAGUACAACAUAGACGAUAAUGAUACUUUAGUCAGAGUUUAUACAGGAAAUGUAAUAAAACCUGCAGAGGCACGUGCGUUACCAAAUGUUGGAUACAAAGCCCAAAACGAUACUUUAUGGACAUUGGUGAUGUGUACACCAGAUGGUAAUUUGGAGAACUCAAACAACGAAUAUUGUCAUUGGUUUUUAGGAAAUAUUCCAGGGAACAGAGUAGAAGAGGGUGAGCAAAUAAUGGAUUAUUUGAGACCAAUCCCAGUUAGGGGAGUAGGAUAUUAUCGUUACAUAUUUAUCCUGUACAAACAAAGUCAACGUCUAGAUUAUACGGAAUACAACAGACUCCAACCUUGCUUACAGUUAAAAGAACGUAAUUGGAAUACAUUGGAGUUUUAUCGAAAAUAUCAAGAUUAUCUUACUCCAGCUGGUCUAGCAUUUUUUCAAAGUGAUUGGGAUCCCACAGUGAGAGAGUUUUAUCAUUCUGUAUUAGAUGCAAAAGAGCCGAUAUUUCAGUAUGACUUUCCAAAACCAUACAUUAGACCGCAAACGUGGUUUCCAUUGAGACAACCAUUUAAUCUUUAUUUAGACAAAUACAAGGAUCCCAAAGAAGUAAUGAAAGAAUUUUUGUUGAGAAAACUAAAAACCGUUGAUCCUUUCAAAGAGCCAAAGGCACCUUACAAGUAUCCAAACGCGUGCAUUAUUGAUAAAAGAAUACCCUCUUGGUUGAGAGUACAAAUAAAAAAGGAACGCUUGGGAUGGGACCGAGUUAAUCUUCUGAAAUAAAAUAUUUUAUAAAGAAGAGAUUUGAUAGCUAAAGUCAGUUGUAAGAUAAAGAAUUUGUGUAUAAAUAAAUAAAGGAAGAACAUCAUAUACAAAA